GGAAUAUACCGCUUUUCAUCGUGGUCAGCACUUAUGCCUGCAGAGCUCGAGCUGGGUGACGAAGACGUACGCCGAAUUGGUUCCAUGUUGUGAUAUAUGAGGAAUGCCACGAGUUACAAGAUCAUGUCCGAACUUGACAGGAGAUUCAUGAAUUUAAUAGGCGCUUUCUGCACUCUUCCUGAGCACGAUGAUCUCCCAGAAGAAUUUCCUGUGUCGUUCCACAAAAAACAGUUGCGGCUUCAGUUUGUAAUGAAAAGCCGCAGUCGUCCCCUCAGCAAAAACAUGCCGGUUGACGACAGUAGGAGGGCUGAGCUGUGGCGAAGCCUCGCAUGCUGCUUCGUUUGGAUCGCGAUAUGCAGCCAUCGCCUGAUCAGCUCACCGGUGUGUGCACGUGAUAUGAUGUUUCUUAGGCCGGCGUCGAAGGGAAGCUCGAGUCUAUUGCCCGCAACCUCCGAUACGCGUAAUGGAAACACUUAGAAUAGCAAAACAAGAGCGGAGCUGGCGCCGCCUUGGUGUGUGACUGCGUUGAUAAAACCUUGCGCGUGGAGUUUUUAGGGUUGCGGAUCAAUGUGCU